AUGUCAGGAGAAAUCUGUGAAUUCCAUGGUGUCGAACAUCAGUACAACAACCAUGGAAGACAUUUGAGUUGUUCCUUGCCUCUCACUAAACAUAUAAGAACUCAAAGUGGAGAGAGGCCUUACGAAUGUAAGGAAUGUGAGAAAGCCUUUAGUCAUCUCUCAAGCCUCUCUAGACAUAUAAGGACUCACAGUGGAGAGAGGCUAUUUGAAUGUAAGGAAUGUGGGAAAACUUUUAGUUGUUCCUCAUCCCUCACUACACAUAUGCGAACUCAUAGUGGAGAGAGGCCUUAUGAAUGUAAAGAGUGUGGGAAAGCCUUUAGUUUUUCCUCAUCUCUCACUACACAUAUGCGAACUCACAGUGGAGAGAGGCCUUAUGAAUGUAAAGAAUGUGGAAAAGCUUUUAGUUUUUCCUCAUCUCUCACUAUACAUAUAAGAUCUCACAGUGGAGAGAGGCCUUAUGAAUGUAAGGAAUGUGGGAAAGCCUUUAGUCGGUCAUCACACCUCACUACCCAUAUAGGAACACACAGUGAAGAGAGGCCUUAUGCAUGUAAAGAAUGUGGCAAAGGCUUUAAGCAAUUUGCACAACUCACUAGACAUGUAAGAGUUCAUAGUGGAGAGAAACCUUAUGAAUGUAAGGAAUGUGGGAAAGCCUUUAGUCAGUUUUCACAACUCACUAGACACAUAAGAAUUCAUAGUGGAGAGAAGCCUUAUGAAUGUAAAGAAUGUGGGAAAGCCUUUAGUCGGUCCUCACAUCUCACUACCCAUAUAAGAACACACAGUGAAGAGAGGCCUUAUGAAUGUAAAGAAUGUGGGAAAGCCUUUAAGCAGUUUUCACAACUAACUAGACAUUUAAGAGUUCACAGUGGAGAGAAGCCUUAUGUGUGUAAGGAGUGUGGGAAAGCCUUUAGUCAGUUUUCACAACUCACUAGACAUGGAAGAGUUCACAGUGGAGAAAAGCCUUAUGAAUGUAAGGAAUGUGGAAAAUCUUUUAGUCAGCUUUCAUACCUCACUGGCCAUAUAAGAGCUCACAAUGGAUAUAGACCUUAUAAAUGUAAAGAAUGUGGAAAAUCCUUUAGUCGGUCCUCACACCUCACUACCCAUAUAAGAACACACAGUGGAGAGAGGCCUUAUCAAUGUAAGGAAUGCGGAAAAGCCUUUUUUCAGUCCUCACAUCUCACUGACCAUGUAAGAUCUCACAGUGGAGAGAAGCCUUAUCAAUGUAAGGAAUGUGGGAAAGCUUUUAGUUGUUUCUCAUCCUUCCGUAAGCAUGUUAAAACUUACCAUGGAGAAAAGCCUCAAGAUGGUAAGAAAUGUGGGAAAGCCUUUAGUCAUUACUCACAUCUCACUGACUAUAUACAAUAUCUCACAGUGGAGAGAACCUAUGGUCCCAUGAAUUGCUAUCAUAAGGCCCUUCUAGCCAUGGUUUUGUAA